UCCUAAUUGAGGAAUCGUUUGCGUUACUUCUUAUCGUAUCUGGCAAACCCGGGCCAAGGUAGCGAGCGCACUACGCAAGUUGACGUGCUCGGAGAUGGUCUCUAUUCGGGUAAGGCCCUCCUCCGCUGCCGCCGAUCCGGGAUCUCCAUAGCAUAUAAUUCCCAACCUUGGCACACGUUGCUAUCCGUCUUCUUGGUAACCGCAUCGCCUCGGCCAAGAAAACAUGAAGCUGCAUUGGUUGUCCGUUGGUCUCUUGGCCGCCCUGUCUCAGGACGCCGGCGCAUUGCAAGUAAAGCGUGAGACGACGACGACGACGACAUCUCGGGAUAAGCUUCAAUAUGGCGUCCACUACUUCGAUCAGAAGAUCAACCACUUUCCCGACAAUGAGCUGUUCUCCAAGUCCAAUCUGAGCCGUGGCACCUUUAAGCAGCGAUACUACUUCGACAGCUCUUAUUAUAAGCCUGGCGGACCUGUUUACUUAUACAUCUCGGGAGAGACUAGUGGUCCUAGCAGGUUCUCGAAUCUACAGACGGGGAUUAUCCAAAUAUUGAUGCAGGCUACAAAUGGCUUAGGUGUCAUUCUUGAGAACCGUUACUACGGAGCUUCAUACCCCUUCAAGACCAGCACUACGGAUGAGCUACUCUUCCUCACCACAAACCAGACCAUAGCUGAUAACGCCUACUUUGCUCAACAUGCCGUGUUCCCCGGCGUCAAUGGAAGCCUCACCGCACCCAACACGCCGUGGAUACUGUACGGCGGCAGCUUGGCAGGAGCUCAGACCGCCGCAUCAAUCAAAGUGCACGGGGAUGUUCUCUACGGUGGCAUUGCCUCCUCUGCUCCGAUCAAAGUGAACGUAGGCUACCCCGAAUGGUAUAACCCCAUCCAGAAAUAUGCUCCCCAGGACUGUGUUGCGCGGAUCAAUAAGAUUGUCGACAACUUCGACCUCCUCGUGGCUAAGAACCACACCAAGGCGAUCAAGCAGUUCAAGGCUCUGUUCGGCCUCGAAUCUCUAACAGAUAACCGAGACUUUGCAGCGGCUAUUGCGGAUCCUAUAGGGAAUCCUGGAUUCUACCACUCGAAUACGUGGCAGGAGCUGAAUUGGAACUCUACCUACGGAUCAAGAGACUUCUUCUACUUUUGUGGCAACGUUUCCGAUAUCGAUCCUCCGGCAGAGCAUACCCAAGUAGACUAUGCCUUAGCGAAUUACACCAAGGGCGAACCUUGGACCGGUCUCGGUAAUUAUGCCAAUUACAUAAAGCGGUAUACCCUCCCGCUGUGCCCCUCAGGGGACUAUAACAGCAAUGAUUGCUGGGGGACUCAAAACGCCACAGCAUGGGCUAGCAUAGAAAACAGCUCUACACGCUCCUAUCUCUACACGAGCUGCAUAGAACAGGGGGCGUACAUCUCCGCGCCGAAAGAAGGCCCGUCCCUCCUAUCCCGCGUCGUCGACACGGACUACGAGCAGCAAUGGUGCCGCUGGGCGUUCCCGGCGGGGGCGUACAACGCGAUCCCGGCGACGCCGGACGUGGACGCGUACAACGACUUCGGGGGGUAUGAGUUCUCGGCGGACCGGCUGGCGUUCAUCGACGGGGACCAGGACGUGUGGAACGACCUGUGCUACCACUCAAGCCUGGCGCCGCGGCGCGACCUCUUGUCGUCGUCGCCGGACCUGCACCCGGAGCUGCUGGUCGCGGGCGCCGGCCACCACUGGGACUCGUACGGGAUCCUGGACGUGCGGGCCGAGCCGCAGUUUAUCCGGGAGGCGCACGAGUGGGAGAUUCGGACCGUGAGGAAGUGGUUGAGGGAGUUUGGUCGGUGGAAGGCGUCGAAGAAGCUGUGAAGAGAUGUAUAUAUAUGGCGGGAGCUAGAGCUGGGACGACGGGUGCAAGGAGGUAGUAUAUUUCUAGUAAUAGAUGAUGUUCGUCCCGUACCAGGUACCUAUAUGAUUUAAUGGGAAAUAGCUAAAAAAAAAAAGGAUAUGAAGCAAGUAUGAUGAACUCGUCGUCACAGUGGUGGUGGGCCCUGCUUUCAUGAGAUUUGUAUAGACCUCCUGAGUAGGGGCUAAUUUCCCAAUUUCAAGUGAAAUUUUUACUCCUUGGAGUGUGUAACAAUCUUUUCCGACAUGUUCUGAAACAAGUAACUGAUAUACGUUAUUUUCUUAUGCGGCGAGUAAGAGGAUUGGAUGAUAUAAAACUCCCGUUAGGCAUUUAUACUGGUCUCAUCUCUCUUAAACACCACGUUUCGUAUGUUAUUCGUUUGCUAUCUGCUUGAUCCUA